AUGCCUUGCCGAAGAGGAGAGUUUUGCUUCUCUCCGAAGGUUUUCCUGUCUCUUCCAGGUGGGCCAAACAGGUUUUGCCUAGCACAUGGUCUUAUCUCAUCUGGACCAUCGGGGAACUCUGCAGGUGCUGGCUCUAACUUAGGGGCUGAUCCCUUGGAUAUGUGGUUCGGUUCGGAAAUCCAAAUUGACAAUCUUGACAUAAAUGACAGCAAAAACCAUUUGAAUUUUUUUUUGUGGAAAAAAAUAUACUAUUACAAAAACCUUGUAAAAAAAGGGCUGAAAAAAAUCAUAUAA